AUAAAACCUGCACCAACAGACCCUUGCCCUAAUGUACCAAAGUAAGAGUCUGAGCGUAACAGGCUCUGACAACCUCGUGAUGAACGGUCGACGAGAGGUCGCGACAUCUACGCCAAGAUAAGCAUACAACUGAUGAUCAACAAAUUCAUGAUAGGGACCGUGCUGAGCCGCCUGUGGCUGAUCGACGUACGCGAUCAUUGGCGGUCGAUCAUCCUGAUGAUUGGGACCGAUAAGCUGAUGGAUAAAAAGCGAUCAGUGCUUCAGAGUGUGCAUGCCCCGCACGCUGUUUCUACCUGUGUCUCAACUCAACUAGUAUGUCGUUUCCCGGUCCAAGUUGCGGCUCAAAGCCUGGCCAAGCCCUCAAAUGGACAGGCUUCGAAAAGCCACCAAGCCUCGAGACGGAGUGGCGCUGCUUUCCAAUCACCAAUCGCGGUAGGACUGGCACCACGGUAGCCUCACCAUCACCCAGCACGCUCCCUAUUCUCUUCCGUCUUGUCGCCCAGCAAGAUCGACACUGCAUGUUGCUUCUUGUCUUGGUGAGAUCUCGCCCGAUUGGGUGAUGUGGCGAUACACAGGAUUUUAUUGAUUUUGGCUGACGUGGGCAUGGGGAGGGGAAAAGAACGUUGGCGAAAAGACCAGUCAGAACGCAGCCAAGGACAAGAAACUGGUUUCAUCACUGGCCGUCAGGGUGCUGAAGAAUGCAGGAGGGACUGAAUUCCCUUUUAUCACUUCAGGAAGCAACCUUUCCUGCGAAUAUGCUGGCACGUCUGGACAAACAGGUCAACAGGAAAAAAGAAUCCGUGGGGGUGGGCCUGUAUCCUUUGAACGGGUCAUCAUCGAUCAGUUGAUUUUCGCAAGGGACCGCGGGUCUGGAGCUUUCUGUCCAACCCCCUGGCAACUUGACGAGCUUAACAGUUUCUUCCCCCCUGUACCCCAAUUUCGCAACCCCUGUCCAUGGAUACCGCCAAGAAACCUUAAACAGAUCAAUUGCUCCUCGCGAUCUUUUUCUCCAUUUGUUUGAGGCCUCGAUGUCCACAAAAGUUUCACCGUCUUCCUCGUCAAUUGGCGUUAUUGAACAAGGAGAUUGUGGGAUAAAAGUGAAUCGCCUCAGCAAACUUCUCACCAGAUAAUAUGAUCGACACGCUCUCACACCCUCACGACACACCGAUCCCACGAACGCGGGGAGGGAGGUAGCCGAAUCCAGGGUUGAAGGACGUUGGGAUGGUGGUGAUGGACGCCAAUUGGCGGGGGCGUCUGACCACCGCUCCUAACAGCAGGAAAAUCCAGGUUGUGGAACCAGCGUUGGCUGGUAGGGGUCCCCGCGAAGACGCUUUGGGAAACGAUCGGACUUGGCAGCAGCUGGUGCCUUUGUUCUCUCGCAAUGCCUCCCCUUUGAUGUGAGUGCUUGGGCGCUUGAGGAAGCAACUUGACCGAAUUUACCGGUCGCCAUGAUGCCAUGAAGGAAGAAGCAUUCUUCAUGAGAACGCUGGCAACAGGGGUUUCUUUCUUCGGCAAGUAUUUGUCGCGAAAACACGGAGGCCCGAGAACUGUGUGUCACUGCAGGUCAUCCCUCCGGUUAGCCCAGUGCCGACAGACACCCCUUUCCGGGAGCCGAAGCCUGAUAGGUCGCAAGUGCUACUAGCCAGUGCUAGCAAAGCAAAGUGGACGCUCCCUCAGCCGAAGGAGACACGCGAGACUCCCACCGCGCUCCGCUGGGAGGGAUUCGAAUAUGCCAAGGCCGCUGUCAGUGGCCGACUGCAUGGCUACAGGGGAAGGAGGCUGGGUUUGUGCCUGCGUUGCCCCUUUGUUGUGGGGAGGUACGUAGAAAGAAGUAUAUGGGGGUCUCUCCCCAGGCUUUCUAUUACAUCCUUCCAUUCCCGUCCGUCUCUCUCUCGACGACCACGGCUUGUCUUUGUGUUGCGCCGUCCGUUGCUAGCGUCUUUUGUUGCAUCUUCGACAACGGAGAUGCUUGUAUCGUCUCAGGUCCAGGCCCCCAAAGAAGACUAUUACUUGUUGGUGUCCUAGGGUUUCGCUCUCGCUGGUCCCCCUUAGCCGUGCUUGUCGCGUGGUCUCUCCUCUUUCCAGCUCUCACAAAAGACUCUCUCCCAGCCGAACAAACCCGCUCUGUCAUCAUCGACCCGCCUCUUCGCUCUUUUUUUCUUUCACUCGUUCAUAUUAUCCUUUUCCCGUCAGGGGCCAACACACUUUUUGGGUGACCACCCUUGCUCUCAACUCACCAACACACACACCCCGACGUGAGGGCAGUUGUAUCACCAUCAAACAACACUAGGUAUCUCUAAACACCACACGCAGGAUGGUGGGCGCGGUGGUAUACCCGCUUUCGGGUACGGCCGAUUUGUCCAGGAUCGAAGCUCCAGUGACCUUCAAGGCCUAUCUACUCUGCGGCUUCGCAGCGUUUGGUGGUAUCUUCUUUGGAUAUGACACCGGAUGGAUGUCGGGUGUGUUGGGGAUGCCUUAUUUCAUUACUCUAUACACAGGAUUGCAGUAUAACUACAAAACCGGAGAACCAGUAGAUGUCCCCAAAACCGAGUUCGGUCUUCCUUCCUCUCAAAAGUCUCUCAUGACAUCGAUCCUCUCCUGCGGUACCUUCUUUGGAGCUCUGAUUGCCGGUGAUGUCGCCGAUUUCCUCGGCCGCCGUCCUACUAUCAUCAUCGGGUGUCUCGUCUUCUGCGUCGGAUGCAUUCUCGAAAUCAUCUCGACCAACCAGGAAGUGCUAUUUGUCAUGGGCCGUUUGGUAUCAGGUGUGGGAGUCGGUUUCAUUUCCGCCGUUAUUAUCCUGUACAUGGCCGAGGUUGCGCCUAGGAAGGUUCGUGGUGCUCUUGUGUCAGGGUAUCAGUUCUGUAUCACGCUUGGUAUUCUACUCGCCAACUGCGUGACAUACGCCAGCUCGAACCGAAACGACACCGGUUCCUAUCGCAUUCCAGUCGGCGUCCAGUUCCUAUGGGCCAUCAUUCUAGGCAUCGGCCUCUUUAUCUUGCCCGAGUCCCCCCGUUACUAUGUCAUGAAGGGCAAAAUAGAUCUUGCCGCCAGGUCUCUCUCGCAAGUUCGUGGUCAGCCACUGGACUCGGAUUACAUCAAGGAUGAGUUGGCGGAAAUUGUUGCAAACCACGAGUAUGAGAUGCAGAUUAUUCCCCAGACUAGUUACAUCGGCUCGUGGAUUGCUUGCUUUCAGGGUUCACUGCGCAAAGGCAACAGCAACCUCAGACGUACCCUUCUUGGUUCUGGCAUGCAAAUGAUGCAGCAGCUCACCGGUAUCAACUUCAUCUUCUACUUCGGCACCACCUUCUUCCAGCAGCUUGGCACGAUCCAAAACCCAUUCUUCAUCUCCCUUGUCACUACUCUCGUCAACGUUCUGUCCACGCCGAUUUCCUUCAUUGCUGUCGAGAAACUAGGCCGUCGUGUUCUUCUUAACUGGGGGGGUGUUGGCAUGGUCAUCACACAGUUCAUUGUCGCCAUCGUUGGUGUAACCGAAGGCCGCCCGGAGGCCCAAAACGACGCUGCUGUCAAAGUCAUGAUCGCCUUCAUUUGCAUCUACAUCUUCUGUUUCGCUUCCACCUGGGGUCCGGUCGGCUGGGUCAUCAUCGGCGAGUGCUUCCCGCUGCCCAUCCGUUCUCGUGGUGUUGGUAUCUCGACAGCCUGCAACUGGUUCUGGAACUGUAUCAUUGCCGUUAUCACCCCUUACAUGGUGGGUAACACACCCGGCUCGGCCAACUUGGGCCCCAGGGUGUUCUUCAUUUGGGGGUCUCUCUGCAUCGGCUCGACACUUUUUGCGUACUUUUUGGUUCCUGAAAUGAAGGGUCUGACACUCGAACAAAUCGACACGAUGAUGGAGGAGACUACACCAAGGAAGUCGAGAAGCUGGAAGCCGACGUCCACUUUUGCCGCGCAGAUGGGACGUGUCAGGGACGAGAAGGGCAGUGCGAACCAGCAGGAGUUUGCUCCCGAGUCGGAGCCGUGA